AUGAUAUGUGGGUCAGGGAUUUGUGAGCCUUCUAAAGACUACAGGUAAGUUUGCCUUUGUCUACAUUGUUUUUAUCAUACUAAUAUUUUAAGUUUAUAUCUUUUAUAAGAUAAAAAUAAUCUUUUUUUCAUAUGUUACUAUGUAUAAUACUAUCUUAACUUUCAGAAACUUCACAUGCCACUGUCAACAUGGCUUUACCGGUCGAUUUUGCGAAAUACAGAAGGCUCCAUCCUGCUCUCAACGAAAAGUGCCAUGCCAAAACAAUGGUAAAUGCCAUGAUAUCCUAAACGGUAUUGUGUGUGAAUGUCCAAAAGGAACGUACGGCAGACGAUGCGAGAUUCUGGAUGAGAAAGCGUCACCAAAUUGGGGAAUCUUGAGUCUUCAGGAUCCUAAUGAUUUCUUGGCCAAUGUACCACAGGGAUUCAAACGAAUUGGAACGGUUGUGGUCACUAAAAUAGGAACAUUGAAGGCAUUUAGAAGUCAGCUCCGGGAUUUGUUCGAUGAAAUCUGGAUUAACAGAGAUGUGAACUUGACUAUUGCUAGGUUGUCUGGUGGGCCAGAACUUAUCUAUGAUGUUAUUCAUUUUACAAAUGAAACAAAAGGUUAGGAUUUUAUUGUUUUUAAAUAUUAUAUUCGAUAGGUUUUUCAUUAUUUUUAAAAGUUUCUGAACCAACAAUGGAUUUUUUGAUGUUUAAUAUGAAAAAAUAUGUAUAAAGUCAUGUUGAUUACCCUUUCGACUUCAGAUGACGUCGUAACUGUAUGGAAAGCCCUUGUAACAGCUUCCGUCUCAGAAGAAGAACACAUUUUGAACCUAGAAGACGUUAUUGAUAUGCUGAACAAUCCUACUUUCCCCAAUCACCUUGAACAGCAAGCAUUGAAAGCAGAGCGAACGCAAGAAGAUGGCUACUUUACAGCAUCAACACCGGGCUAUACUACUGUAUCACUACUCCUGUCUGGUCUUUUUGGAGGUGCUUUAGUAGGAAGUCUAAUGGGAUUGGUACUGUAUUCUUUGAAGCAUUACUUACCAGAAAGAAGUAGUGUUGACAUAGAGGACAGUAUCGAAGACAUUGAAGUAAGUUUUUAUGUUAUUUAUCGAUGGAAGGCCAAAGUUUAACAAUGCUUUUAUUGAUUUUUAAUCGAUUUUAGAAGUUUUUCGUUUAAUUUAAGAAUAAUUUCAGAUUAAAAACUCCCAAUACCGUGCUGUUCAUGAUUCAAGACGUAUCCCACCUUACUAG